AUGGACAUGAUCAGCCUAGUGAUCUCAGGAACCCCAUCUGAACCUCAAAACGCAUGUCAAAAUCAUGCCCCAACACCUCUAGAAAUAGAGGGAAUUCAUGCCAAUGAAGAAAAGGGAAGCAUGGAGCUUCCAAAAAGAAGAAAAAGCAACGGAGGAAGGUAUCUAGGGGUGAGACAAAGACCUUCAGGAAGAUGGGUUGCUGAAAUCAAGGACUCCUUGCAGAAACUGAGGCUGUGGUUGGGGACUUUUGACAGUGCAGAAGAGGCCGCCCUGGCUUAUGACAGUGCCGCCAGGCUUUUAAGAGGAAAAAAUGCAAAGACAAACUUCCCGUGUCAUCAUGGAGUUGUGAGCACACAUGAAGAAAGUUACAGGUCAUUGGAAAAGAAUCCAAGGCUUUUCCGGCUUCUUCAGCAUGCAAUCAUGAAGAACCAUGCAAGAUCGAUCAUUUUUAGGGAAGAUCAGAUUCAUGGUGAUAAAGUUGAUUCAAGCUCUUUUGAUGCGCUUGUUGAAGAAACCAUAGUUUGUAAUUCAUCAUCAAGCUCUGAAUCCGGAAUCUGUGAUAUGUAUGAUCAUGAUAGAAACAAACUUUCUCAGCUCUCAGUUGGUAGUUCCAAGGUUUAUUCUUCAGUUUUUGUUGCUCCAUCUUUCAGUUCUUCUCGAUGUCAAGUAGGAGAAGAUCGAAAGGAUUGCCAAUUAAGAGGCUUAAGCAAUGGAAUAUCUCAUUCCCCAUACAAAUAG